UUGCGGUGUAUAUGUCAAAAUAGUAGUCAAUAAAAAUGGUAUCUUGGAGUGCUUUAGGCCGAUCUUUCGGCAUUAGUUUACUUAAAAAUCAAGGCACUAAGCCAAUCGUAGUCCAAAAUGUGAAACUAUCAACUAACAAAGCCCUAUUUGGCGGCCAUGAGCACCAGACAAUGCCACUGCAGCCAUCAAGAUGGCAAUACAUCAAGUUCAAGGAUAUGUUCCACUACUACACCCUGGUGGGGCUGAUCCCAGUGGGGCUGAUCAUCUUCUACACGAACGUGUUCAUCGGGCCGGCGCAGCUGGAGCCGAUCCCUAAUGACUACAACCCUAAGCACUGGGAAUACCAUCGCCAUCCCAUCACGAGGUUUAUUGCGCGCUACAUCCACAACAGCCCUCAGCAGGAAUACGAAAAAUUCAUGCACUGGAUUGAUGAGGAACAGCAGAGGGUCAAGCUCCGUCAGCUAGAGAAAGAAAUCCAAGCCAAGAUGGCCGAACGUCAAGAUUAUCAGGCAUACUACUACCGCCCCAUGGUCAACAAAUACCUCCGCAUUGAGAAGAAGAUCAGCGAAGAAAUGCAGGAGCGCAUCGGUGACGACUACAAGGAUUAAGCAACUCAGUGAUGUUAGUAUAAUAGUUCAAGUGAUUUGUUACAUGUAGAUAAUAAACUAUAAAUUGUUGCUUAA